CCGUUGGUUCCGGUUAGUUCGCGACGGUCUUUUGCAUGGGAAUAUCUCAGGAACGGUAACUACUAGUAGGCAAAAUGUUAUUAACAUUGCUGUUCCUUGUUUUAUUUGUGGUAAUAAGUGUUGCACAGUAUGUCAGAUACAAAAGAAGCAUUGCCUUUGCCGAAAGUGUACCAACUGUGGAGCCGGUCUAUCCAAUCGUCGGCAAUGCGUUGCACUUCGCGGCAAUAAGUAAUGAAGAAACGUUCAUAAGAUUUGCCCGCAUGCUGAACCACCCGUCCAAGUUGUUCCAAAUGCGGAUGGGAAUGUUUCGGCUGUUUUGCACCAAUGACCCGGACGUGGCGCAAAAAAUUCUCUCCCAGUGUCUUCAAAAGCCGUUUUUGUACGAUUUCUUCAAGUUGGAUAAGGGACUGUUCGGUGCUCAGUAUCACAUUUGGAAGAAUCAACGAAAGUUCCUGAACCCAACGUUCAACCAGAAGAUCCUGAAUGGAUUUUUUUCGACGUUCGAUGAUUGUGCCCGAAAGAUGGUGAAAAGGUUGCAGUCCUGUCCGGAAGGGGAACCUGUGAAAAUAACUGAUUAUACUUUGCGGUGUGCGCUGGAGAUGCUCUGUGGAACCACAUUUGGAGUGGACAUCAAUUUGAAUCCGGAUGUGUUUAAGUUGAGCGCGUUGAUUAAUGAAAUUUUCCACCUGGCUUCGAUGCGGUUUCUUAGAGUUCAAUUCUACUCCGAGAAGAUAUAUCGUUUGACGAGUGCUUAUAGAAAGGACGUGAAACUGAGAAAGGAGGCUUACUAUUACGCAGAUAAGAUCAUCCAGGAAGCAAGAACUCGCCGCAGUAAAGAUGCACCUGUCCUUGAGAACAGUGACACCGAGUGUGAUGGCUACCGUAAGCCGCAGAUAUUCGUGGAGCAGCUUCUCGAUGAGCAGGAAAAAAAUAAUUUCACUGAAAUUGAAAUCAUCCACAACGUCUACACAAUGCUCGUUGCGGUAAGCUUCACUGGAUUAGUUUCUAGCCAUUCUCAGCUCACGGCAUCGCAUUUCCAGGGCAGUGAUACUUCCGGCAACGAGCUGGGUUUCAUCUCGCUUCUGCUAGCACUUUACCCGGAACUGCAGGAGAGAGUGUACCGCGAAAUUAUGGAAGUCUUCCCCGGGGAAAUUGAGUUCACCUCGGACAAUCUGCGGCAACUGGAGUACAUGGAGAUGUUCAUCAAGGAGUGCCUGCGAUUGCUUCCGAUAGGACCACACCUUAUGCGAUACACGACGUCGGAUACCGAACUGGAUGGAGUGAUAGUCCCCGCGGGUAACAUUCUGGUCGUCAGCAUUCUCAACUUGCACCGGCGAAAGGACAUCUGGGGUCCCAAUGCGGACAAGUUUGAUCCGGAGAAUUUCUCGCCCGAACGGAGCAAAGGUCGGCACCCGUUUGCGUUUAUUCCAUUCAGUGGUGGAAAUAGGAAUUGCAUUGGAAAUCGUUACGCGAUGUCGAGUAUGAAAAUUGUCCUGGUACAUUUGUUGAGAGAGUUUAAAAUGCACACAACGGGACGUUUUGAAGAUGUACGGUUUAAAUUUGAAGCCAUGCUGAAGAUGUCAACGGAUCCUGAGGUAAUGCUCGAAAAGCGACAGCCCGUAGUGGUGACAUAAGGCAACUAGUCCACAAAAGUCGUGGUGAUUUUUGUUGUGAUAAUGGGUAAACGUUGUUGAUAAAUGUUGUGAUUGGGAGCAUGCUGUUUUAUAAGAAUAUAAGUAAAAUAUAAUUGGUUGUAUACGUACAGCACAAUAAA